GAGGAGGGGGGGGGGGGGCGGUUGGCUGAAGCCACCGGAGAGCGGAGCCGCCGGGCGGUGAAGCGGCCCCGGGCCCCACCGCGCUCCCUCUUUCCGCCCCCUUUUCCCCGGCCCCCGCUCCCCGCUGGCCCCGGAGCAGCCAUGGAAGCGAAUCCGCCGAAGCGGAAGGAACCGCGGAAAUCGCUGCGCAUUAAAGUCAUCUCCAUGGGCAACGCGGAGGUGGGCAAGAGCUGCAUUAUCAAACGUUACUGUGAGAAGAGGUUUGUGCCCAAGUACCUGGCGACCAUCGGGAUCGACUACGGAGUCACCAAAGUGCAGAUCAGAGACAGAGAGAUGAAGGUGAACAUCUUUGACAUGGCAGGACACCCCUUCUUCUACGAGGUGAGGAACGAGUUCUACAAGGACACUCAGGGAGUCAUCCUGGUCUAUGAUGUUGGACAGAAGGAGUCUUUUGAUGCCCUGGAUGCCUGGUUGGCUGAGAUGAAGCAGGAGCUGGGCCCCCAUGGGAACAUGGAGAACAUUGUCUUUGUUGUCUGUGCCAACAAGAUCGACUGCCCCAAGCACCGCAGCGUGGAUGAGAGCGAGGGGAGGCUCUGGGCAGAGAGCAGAGGAUUCCUCUACUUUGAGACCUCGGCACAAACAGGAGAAGGGAUCAACGAGAUGUUUCAGAGUUUUUACUCGGCCAUCAUCGACCUGUGUGACAACGGGGGGAAGCGUCCCCCCUCCAGCCUGGGGGUGGGCUUCACCAAGGAGCAGGCAGAUGCCAUCCGCAGGAUCCGCAGCAGCAAGGACAGCUGGGACAUGCUGGGGGUCAAACCUGGAGCCACCAGGGAUGAGGUGAACAAGGCCUACAGGAAGCUGGCUGUGCUGCUCCACCCUGACAAGUGUGUGGCUCCUGGCAGUGAAGAUGCCUUCAAAGCCGUGGUGAACGCCCGGACCUCACUGCUCAAAAACAUCAAAUAGGGAACAGAACCCCAGGGAGCUGGAAAACCUUCCCCUCAUCCCACCCAAGUCCCAGGCGAGCGUGGGACACCCCUCUGCUCCUCACACUUCACCAGCAGCGUGGACACAGGAGGCUCCCAGAGCAGCUUAGGACUGCUGAGGAUGUGAACUGAAAGCCUUGGUGUGGUGGGUGGAGAGGGAUGGUCAGGAGAGCAGGGGGUUGUGAGUCCUGGGGGGUUGUCCUGGAGCCAUCUCUGCAGCUCCUGAGCUCCAGGGGUGGUUCAGCUCCCUGCUCAGAGCUGGCUCCUUCCUUCCAGGUGACACCCAACGAUGCUGCUUUGGACUGUGAGGGAAAGGGGAAUUACUUGAGGAAAAUCUCUCUGGUACUGGAGGGAGAGAAUGGCACCAGGAGUGUUCUUUACCUCCCCAACCUGUCAUGGGGACAAGAGUGGUCUCCCCAGGGCACCCACCUCCUCCUCACAUCACAGAGUCCUCUGCCACCACUUCCUUCCAUCUCCCCAAGCCCAACUUGUUGGGAAGAAGCCCCAAAAGCUGCAGGACCUCAACCCCCCUCCCUCUCUCCCAUCCCUCUGCUCAGGCAAGCUCUGGGUGAGGUCCCUUGUUGGGGACUGUCCUCAGCUGUGAGUGGCCCUGGCUGUUUGCAAGCAGGGGAAGGUUUCUGCCCCAAGGAGGAGGAGGAGGAGGCAGCAGCUCACCCCUCACCAUGGCUGCUUCUCAGCUCUUCCCCUCCUCCCCUCAGCCAGACGUGGGUGAAUUCAAGGGGAGCUUUGCUGCUCACCCCAAGAAGUGCUUGGUCACUUGAUGGAGUCAGAGCCACCACAGCUGCCAGGUUCUCCGAGGAGACCAACCUGGGGAUCCCUUGGGCUCCUCUGGUGUUGCCAGGACUCAGUUUUAUUUCCUUGCUGCUGCCUGAGCUCCUCAGGGGGUGUCAGGACACAAACCCAUGAAGUGAAAGCCCCCAAGGAUGCUCCCUCUGUAACCUCACCUCACAGCUGUCCUGUUUGAAAGUGGUUUUUUUCCUCUGCUCUGUGAAUAUUUAUUAUUUUUUCACUUCAA